AUGGAAUCUACUUGUUAUGCCAAAGCUGCUGAAUUCUAUAGCUGUGCCAUUGCAAUUACCCUCGACAACGCUGUCUACUAUUGCAAUAGAGGGGCUGCAUUGAUCAAGAUUAAGAGGUUUCAUGAAGCUGUUGGUGACUGUUGUAAAGCUAUCAGCCUUAACUCUAACUACACCAAAGCUUACUAUCGCUUAGGUUUAGCCUACUCUGAACAAGGAAAAUACUUUGAUGCUAUCUGGGAUGGUUUCUUAAAAGUUUUGCAGCUAGAUCCCAGAAACAAAGCUGCCUUGACCCAACUUGAGCUAGCAGAAGGAAAAUUGAGUGAUCAACUUUCUUGGCUGGACGAUCAGCUUGAAAAGCUGAGGAAAAGUGGAAUGAUUACUCGAUGCCGGAAAGUGGAAAUCAAGGAAGGAACAGCACUGGUGUACAAAGGGAAAGCAGAAGAUGGUGAUUCUGAUAAAUUUGAGUUGGUUGAAGAAGACGACGUAGAUGCUUCCAACAUUGAAGAGACCAUGAGUAUUUCAGAAUUCAUCAACCUCUUUUCUCGUGCCAACAUAGCUCCAUAG